UUCCGGUACCAUGUCAGUUCCGCAGCCCAAGCGGGCUGCUCGGUCCUGGACGAAGCCUUCCUGCGCUACCGUGACCUGCUCUUCGGUUUGCGGUCUGGGUACAGUGCCCUCCCCGGCGCUGUCUUCUCAGUGUCCAAGGUUUGGUUACCCAUCUUCAUCCACUUGACUGAGCUGACUUCUGGGACCACGAUUUAUGCACAGUCCUGCCCUCGGGCUAUAUUUCACCCCCAAUGCCUGCGGUAGGACCACAGUUCAACCAGGAUGUCAAAUUACUGAAAAUACUACGCCAGUAGACAUAUCAAGGGAUCCCUCUGACAGUGUUCAAGUGUCGCAGGGUCCUAGUGAGGCUGUGACCAGGGCUGGGUAGAGGAUACCAGAGCUGACACCAAAAAUUGGAAAAAAGAGUACAUUGGAGAAGAAUUCAUUGGUUGUCCUUGUGGUCACUCCUGGAUGUGACCAGCUUCCUUCUUUGGAGUCGGUGGAGAAUUGUAAGUACCACACUGUUCGCUGUUCUAGAAGAGCCAGCACUUGUCUGGAGCUAUACCUGAUGGCCUGGCCUAAGUUGCCGAUGGUGGGCCUGGAGCCCUCUGUGACUUAGAGACCAAGGUCACCAAGUACUGAGAGCCACGGAAGACACCCUGACCAUAAAUGAUGAGCAAUGUUUCCUCCACUCUGAGACUGUCUGGGGUGCUCUCCGAGGGCUUCUGCUGGGUUUCCAGAAGUGGGCCUUGGCUGUUGGAGGACAUAGAAAGCUCUGGACUCACACAUCUUGGCUUCUCUUCUUAAUAUUCUUGUCUAGAGACUUUUAGCCAGCUUGUUUGGAGAUCUCCUGUGGGCAUGUAUUUGAUCAACAAGACGGAGAUUGAGGACUUUCCCCGCUUCCCCCACCGGGGCUUGUUGUUGGAUACCUCUCGCCAUUACCUGCCACUGGCUAGCAUCCUGGACACUCUGGAUGUCAUGGCCUAUAAUAAAUUCAAUGUGUUCCACUGGCAUCUGGUCGAUGACCCUUCUUUCCCAUAUGAGAGCUUCAGUUUUCCAGAGCUUACCAGAAAGGGGUCCUACAACCCUGCCACCCACAUCUACACACUGCAAGAUGUGAAGAAGGUUAUUGAAUAUGCACGGCUUCGGGGUAUCCGUGUGUUGGCAGAGUUUGACACUCCUGGCCACACUUUGUCCUGGGGACCAGGUGUCCCUGGAUUAUUGACUCCUUGCUACUCUGGGUCUCAGCCCUCUGGCAUCUUUGGACCAGUGAAUCCCAUUCUCAACAGUACCUAUGAGUUCAUGAGCUCAUUCUUCUUGGAGGUCAGCUCUGUCUUCCCAGAUUUUUAUCUUCACCUUGGAGGAGAUGAAGUUGAUUUCUCCUGCUGGAAGUCCAACCCAGACAUCCAGGCCUUUAUGAAGCAGAAGGGCUUCGGCGGUGACUUCAAGCAGCUGGAAUCCUUCUACAUCCAGACGCUGCUGGACAUUGUCUCUGCCUAUGGCAAGGGCUAUGUGGUGUGGCAGGAGGUGUUUGAUAAUAAAGUAAAGGUUCGGCCGGAUACAAUCAUCCAGGUAUGGCGACAAAAGAUACCAGUAAACUAUUGGAAUGAGCUGCACCAGAUCACCAGCGCUGGCUUCCGGGCCCUGCUCUCUGCUCCCUGGUAUCUGAACUGGAUAAGUUACGGCCCUGACUGGAAGAAUGCCUACAUGGUGGAGCCCCUGGCCUUUGAAGGUAGCCCUGAGCAGAAGGCUCUCGUCAUCGGCGGUGAGGCCUGUAUGUGGGGGGAGUAUGUGGACAGCACCAACCUGGCCCCCAGACUCUGGCCCAGAGCAGGGGCUGUUGCUGAGAGGCUGUGGAGCAACAAGUCAGUGACUAACCUGGACUCUGCCUAUAAACGUUUGGCAGAUUUCCGCUGUGAGCUGCUGAGGCGAGGUGUCCAGGCCCAGCCUCUCAAUGUGGGCUACUGUGAACGGGAGUUUGAACAGACCUGAGCAAGCAGCCCCAUGCACUGAGGAGGGUGCUGGCCCUAGGACAGUGGUAGUGGGGCCAAGCCUCCAUUGCAUCCCGGCCGGAGGGUGGAGCCCCUUGCCCACGUGUCCCUGUGCUUGGAGAAGGAGGUUGGUGCUGGUGCCCAAUAAAGAGUGACUUGGCAUUUUUCUAUAA